AUGUCGUACAAGCAUCAACCGCAGCUUUCGAUCAAUUCGGUCCAGUCGAUCGUCGAGCCCACCACGCCCCCGCUGGGCCAGAUGAACAACCGGCAGAACCACCAGCGCACACACUCGCUCGACUUGUCUGGCUUCAACCAGUUCAUCUCCGGUAACUCGCCCAUGAUGCCCAUGACGCUGUCCCCGACCACACCCCCCGUGGUUGGCCCAGCUGCCUCGGGCAGCUCGCUUCCGGGUGCCCCCGCGGUCUCCACCGUCAACGGUGUCGCCAGGCCCAAGAUGAAGUCGUUGCCGUUGAUAAACGAGUUCGACCCUUCUUCGUCCUCCACGCUCUUGGGCGACGUCACCAGCAUGAACUCGCGCGUCUCCAUGCCGCUGCGCACCGUGAGUGGCUCCACCACCUCAUCGUCCACUUCCACCGCCAACUCGUUCGCUAACAACGCUGCUGACUUGAAUCUGAUCCCGCUCGAAGAGCUCGACUACGUCAAGCUCGCAACCGACCAAUUCGGGUGCCGUUUCCUGCAAAAAAAGCUCGAGUCUCCGCAAGAAUGUCAUACGGUGCGAGACCUCAUGUACCACCAAAUCCAUCCCUUUUUCUUGGAACUCAUUUUGGACCCAUUUGGCAACUAUUUGGUCCAAAAACUUUGCGAGUUCUUGACUACCGACCAAAAAACACAAUUGAUACAGGGCAUUUAUCCACAUGUGUUUCAGAUUUCCAUCAACCAAUACGGGACGCGCUCUUUGCAAAAGAUCAUCGAUACCGUUGAAACUGAGGCUCAAAUAGAUAUGAUCAUCAGAGGGUUUUCUCAGCAAUUCACCUCUAUCGACCAGGUUGUCGUCUUGAUAAACGAUUUGAAUGGGAACCAUGUGGUUCAAAAAUGCAUCUUCAAGUUCCCCCCUACCAAAUUCGAUUUUAUUAUCGACGCAAUCGUUGACCAAAGUAACAUUAUUAAGAUAUCCACACAUAAGCAUGGCUGUUGUGUUUUACAGAAACUCUUGAGUGUCUGUACUUUACAACAAAUUUUCAAAAUCUCAGUCAAGAUAAUCCAGUUCUUGCCCGGCCUGAUUAACGAUCAAUUUGGUAACUACAUCAUCCAAUUCCUAUUAGAAAUCAAGGAACUGGAUUUCUACUUGUUGGGUGAAAUCUUUAACAAACUUUCUAAUGAAUUAUGCCAACUAUCUUGUCUCAAAUUUUCUUCCAACGUGGUUGAAAAAUUCGUCAAGAAAUUGUUCAAUAUUGUGGAAAUCGCUUUGACGUCAGCCGCUGAAGAAACUAAUGACGAUGUGACGGGUGCAGCAAUGAAGAUUUUGCUCACGGUUAUCGACAUCUUCACGGCAAACUUGAAUAUUUUGAUCAGGGACAAUUUCGGAAACUACGCCUUACAGACCUUGUUAGAUGUCAAAAACUACUCAAAUUUAUUAGAAUACCCUGGGAAUCCAUUUGUGCACACUUCAACUAAGUUCAUGGAGUUCGGACAUGAGUUUACUUUGAAAGUUGGUAAUUUGGUGGUCUUGACUAAAGAAUUGUUACCAUCUAUUAAAACAACAUCUUAUGCAAAGAAAAUCAAAUUGAAAAUCAAGGCUUAUGCUGAACUUACUGGUGUAUCUUUCACAGAUAUAACUCCUAAAAAAGGAAGCUAUAACCAUAAUCACAAUGGCCACAAUUUUAACCACAAUCAUAACAGUAACAACCACAGCAACGGCAACAGCCAUAACAACAAUAACAGCCAUAAUCAUGGCAACACCCACAACAGCAAUCAUAACAGUUCCCACAACAACCAUAGUGGUAACCAUCAUCAUCGCAAGCAACACUCGCGCCAUUAUUCCUUGCCUGCGAAUGCUUAUCGCCAUCGCAGAAAUAGUAGCUCGAUGUCUGUUUCUUCCACGAUGGCACAACCCUCCCAGCCUCAAGCUUUAGGUUUUAGCGGUAGUCAAAAUAGUAGCGCUGGAAAUAUUAAUGGUCAAUUUGCCUAUCUUAAUGAGCAUGCAUCUGGCUCAUUUACGCAACCUCCUACUAGUCAGAUCUUCCCACCACAACAGCCUCAAGCAUCGCUUUACAUGAACAAUCCAUACCUUAAUGUUCCUAAUGCCUCUACUACCGUUAACAGUUUUGCAUUUCAUGAACCACAACAACCGCUGCAAAUUACAGGUGUUCAAGAGAAUCAGUCUUCAAAUUUCUUAAAUCCAGGAAAACAUUACACUCCUCAAGCGGCAAAUAUGUUUAUGAGCGGUAAAGAUUUCCAAAACAUGAACUUUGGUAACUCAUUCUAUUGA